AUGUGUCGGCUCCGCAAUGACCGCCUGUUGACCUGGAUCGGCAGUCAGCUACACAUCUAUCCGUGGCUGAUCAAUAUCAAUGGAAAAAGCUCUUAUAACCAGCCUGUGUGGAUGGGCGAUGUGGCCGCGACGAUUCGCAAGUACUGCAUGACCCCGGACGCAUUCGCGGGGAAGACGAUAAAGUUGGCGGGACCGGAAGUGAUCUCGUGGGCAGAUCUGAAAACGGUGGUGAGAUCGACGAAGCUGCAUCGCACGCCCACAACGCUGGCUCGUUGGUUCGCGUUCCUAUUGGAGGUGGGAACGAAGCCGUAUUUGUCGAGAAGCGAAAUGGAGCUGCGUGUGACGGAUACUAUUCUGGACCUGAAUACGGAAUGUAUUGUAUUCAAGGAUUUGGGAAUUGCUCCUCACAACUGGGAGUCGAAAAGAUAG